AUGACGGAAAGUGGAGAAGCGUCUAGUGGUCUGCCACAUGAGCCAUCAGGGCCUGUCACUUUUAAGCUUGUUUUCAGCAGCUUGGUUGCCGUUUGCGGCUCAUAUGUUUAUGGACAUGCGGUGGGAUAUUCAUCGCCGGCUGAGUCUGGAAUAGUUGAUGACCUUGGCCUGACUACGGCACAGUAUGCAGUUUUCAGCUCAAUAUUGACAAUUGGAGCAAUGUUAGGAGCAGUUAUAAGUGGGGAAUUGCAGACUUCAUUGGCGAAGAUGGGCAAUGGGAAUUUCAGAAUUGAUUGCAUAUCUGGUUGGGAUGCAACAUGGCUAGACUUGGGAAGAUUUAUUUGGGAUGUGGAAUUGGACUUACUUCUUAUUGCGUUCCCAUAUGUUGCAGAAAUUUCUCCUAAGCAUGUUAGGGGUGCUUUUACUGCGCUAAAUCCGAUGUUUAUAGGCAAAGUAGGUAAAAUGAAUGAUGUUGAAGUUCUCUACAGCGCUUGGGGGACGGAUGCUGAUGUUGCACUAGAAGCCGCUGAAAUCCAAGUUGGAGUUGGCGAUUGUAUUCCAACGAUUUGGGGGUUAUUUUGGUUUGUGUUCUAUGCAGCACCAUUUUUAGGAUGCUGGUUAUGCAACUGUUUUGGGACUUUUCUUGAUAGACAGGGCUGGAAGGAGACGCUAUUACUGAUUUCUACAGUGGGAUCUUGCUUGGGUGUUUUCAUUACAGGGGUCGGAUAUCUAUUCAAGGUUCGGUUUAUUGCAAAUAUUAUACAUUACCACUUUACUUACCUCCUCUGCCUGCCAGCUGCUACUCUUUUCCUUGUGGCUGUUGUUUCUGGUAAUGACUUUUUGCUUUCAUGUGGAGACCUUGGAGCUGAGAGGGAGCUCACCGCCUCGUUUGCCUUAUUGGUGUAUUGGAACAUUCUUCAUUAUGUAGCGUAUGUGUCUUGGUGUUCUAUCAUUGCAAAGCUGGUGCCAGAAACCAAGGAUCGAACAUUAGAAGAAAUACAAGAAUAA